CCGAGCGUCGGGUCCUUUUUGAGUACAUAAAGUGAUGAACUUCAUUUCGUUCUUCCUCAUUGCAACUAGCAGCACAGCCAAUGUCUGAUUCUUUAGUCGUGGAUUCUACACUCGAUAAUGAGGCAACCGCCCCAUACCGAUUGAAUAUUAUUAUCAUCGGAGCAGGAAUUUCUGGUCUCUGUGCUGCACUCUGUUUGUCCAGAGCCGGUCAUACUGUCACGGUACUGGAAGGUAGAACCGAUCUUCAAGAAAUUGGUGCAGGGAUUCAAGUUGGACCUAACACGUCGCGCCUUCUCAUUCGGUGGGGUCUCAAACCAUCCUUGGAAAAGGCUGGAGUCUUACCUGCGUUUAUGUCCUUUUUUCGAUUUGACAAUGGCGAGCAGCUGGCUUACUUUCCUUAUCAAGAAUAUGGCAGUCCAUGUUAUAAUGUACACAGACGAGACCUGGUCGACAUACUUCACUGUGCUGCCGCCCCUCUCACAACCCUUCGCUUCAAUACCAAAGUUGCGUCUAUCGACCCCGACACAACUUCCGUUACCCUAAACACGGGCGAGGUCAUCGAAGCAGACAUGAUCAUCGGUGCUGACGGCGUUAAUAGUCUAACGCGAAACGUAGUAGUGGGCUCGCCUACGCCUGCUGUACGAAGCGGAGACGCAGCGUUCCGGGCUAUCGUUGACGCGAAGAAGAUGAUGCUAGACCCAGACCUUCGUCCUUUCGUGGAAAAGCCACAACUCAAUGUCUGGCUAGGACCCGACCGCCACCUAGUUCUGUAUCCUAUAGGCAUGGAUGACUACAACCUUGUUCUGUUGCAUCCGGACGAGACGGAGGACGUAGCCGUUCCAUGGACUCGACAAGGAGAUAUCGAAAAGAUGAAGAAAGAGUUUUCUGGUUGGGAACCUCGGGUCGGCAAACUACUGAACCUCAUACCAUCUGGUAUUGUGGGAUCGCUCAAAGUUCUCCAGUCCCCACUCAAGUCCUGGGUGCACAAGGAUGGGCGUAUUGCUCUUAUUGGAGAUGCCUGUCAUCCGAUGCUCCCGUACCGAGCUCAAGCAGCGUCUAUGGCCAUCGAAGACGCUGCAGUCCUCGGCAACUUAUUCGCCCGCCUCACGAGCAAGGAUCAGAUACCCGCCCUCUUGGAAGCAUAUCAAUACCUCCGGGCUCCUCGUGCAAUGGCCACAGCUGAUGGUUGUUGGCAGGAUAAGAAUACUUUACAUCUCCCUGACGGGCCUGAACAACAUGCGAGGGAUGAAGCGCUGAAGGUCACUAUGGCCGGAAAGCGUAGCAGCAUCGUCCAGGACAACAAUGUGCAGUAUGAAUAUGAUGUCGAUACGAUGGUGGAUGACUGGUGGAAAGCGCGCGGCUGAUAGAGGCCAAAACUUAAAUAAUAGACAUCCCGAUGUGUUUUGAACCACGUCCAGAACUAUUUCAACGAAACAGGUGCCUCUUGUUGAACCACACAUUUUCUAGACAUAUAGUUAUACACCAGGGAAACUUUGAAGAUACAGUCUCGCACUGUAGUGUUAUACGCAAGUGACACUA